AUGGCUGACGAUAAAGGUGUCCCACCCCCUUAUUCAGGACCCUCCCCAGGACAACCCGGGGGCUACGGCCCUGGAUAUGGCGGCUUCCCCCCACAGCAAGGAGGCUACCCUCCACCACAGGGCGGCUACCCUCCACCACAAGCCGGCUACCCACCCCCUCAAGCAGGCUAUCCACCCCCACAAGGAGGGUACCCACCCCCACAAGGAGGGUACCCACCCCCACAAGCGGGGUAUCCCCCACCCCAAGGAUACGCCUACCCCCCUGCUCCUAUGAUGCAACAGUCCAGUACAUCAAACAAUGUGGUCGUCGUCUCCGGUGGUGGCGGGGGUGUUAAUCAGACGGUGAUAGUAGAGAGACGAGGCGUCAACCACUGUCUGCACUGUAUUAUCACGCUAUUCUUUCCCUUGUGGAUUAUUGUUUGGAUUAUUUUGUGUAUCACAGAUAACUAGCCCCUGUCGUCACACAAUUGUUGUACACAAGAUUCAGGACCAAGAGACAGUCACUAUAUACAUCAUUGUCUUUUUAUACAAACACCUAAGCCAUAAAUAAAACAAUUACUCACUAAUUCAUUACAAAAAAUAAAAACAACUACAGAGAAAUAAACGAAACAACAGACAGACAGGCGACAGACUUCACGUUUUGUAGUAUGUUUUGAUUAAAUUAAAAGUUGUAAAAAUUAUAAAUCUUAUCUUAUAUAUUUAUAUUAUUUAAAGAAAAUAAUAUCCUAAAAAUGUAAUAUGAAUGUCUGAUUUCUAAAGAUUAUUAUUCGUUCGACAAAUGCAAAAAAAAAAGUAAUUUGAAAUUAAAAUAGUAAAUUUUUUUUUGUAUAAAGUGAACAUCUUUUAAAUUAUGUGAACAUCAUUUUUAUAAUAAGCGGGUGUCUUUGAAAUGACUAAGUAAUGAACCCACGUUGUUUUUUUUUUUACUGUAGUCGUAUGUCUUAUGUUGAUCAAAUUUUGUUUUUAUUGUUAUAGCUACACUGUUCAAACUUUCCAUUUGCAAUUUCAACAAAAUACCGAAAACACUUGGAAUUAGCGAAAGGUUUAAGCUGUAUUCAGAACACUAACUAGAUAGCCUACUUUUCUUGUAGAGUGUUAGUAGUAGUAGAAAGAAGAAGUUAAUGUAUAGAAAUUACUAGUUUAUGUUAGUGGUUCUUAACCUGGGUUCGAUCGAACCCCAGUGGUUCGAUGAGUCAGUCUCAGGGGUUCGGCGGAGGUCAAGACACACUCCCGACUCAUUUGAUUCACGAUCGGAUUUAGACAGUGCAGAUAUAAAUAUUAUAGAAGGUUUGAUGAAUGCACCUAUGAAACUAAUGGGGUUCGGUACCUCCAAAUAGGUUAAGAAGCACUGGUUUAUGUAUAGAAAGCAGUAAUUGAAGGAGAAAAUGAGUAGUUGAGAUAUUUAUAUAGGGUCUACUGUUUAGAAAAUAAGUUCCUAUUAAGAGUAGGGAUAUAGAGGAGCAGUAUAACAGUAGUGUCAUUUAUUCAUAAUCUUCUGAUUAAAUAGCGUAAGUGUAUGAGACCAGCGUCACUAAAUCUAGCAUAAUACUUUGACGUAAUCAACUUUUUACUUAAUUGUGGAAUAGUCAUAGAAAACAAUGGUUUUGUAAAGAGUUAUAUUGUAAUUCUUAUGACAUUGGAUAAUGCGCAACUGUAAACUGAACACUUAUUCCAACAGUAAUUCUUAUACUUGUAGUACGUACAUAAUAUAUAAGAGCAAGUAAUCGACAAACACAGCUUCUAGGCAACUCUUUACCUGAUUUGAUUGAAAACAAUGGAUGCUUUCCCUUGCACAAGUCUCCUUGCACAUUAUCUCCCUUGGUUUACUUGACUACACCGCGCAUUACUAGAACUCAAAACAGUAUGUUGUAACACAACCAAUCACAACAAUGUAUUCAUCAAAACAAUCCGCCAGUCUAUUAUAUCCUAAUAAAAUAAAAAUAAAAACGUUUUUAACUUUUGUUUUCUACCAACAUAGAGGAAAAACAAAAACUAUUGUAUUGUUUUUACUUUCAUUCAAGUCAGCUGAUUUCCAGCUUGCUUAGAUUUUCAUAUCAUUGAUACGUUUAAAAAACAAGUUUCAACUGCGUGUUCAUAUUUUAUUUAAAUAAAAAAUAAUACCACA